AUGGUACCAAAUAAAACUAUGCGAUACGAUCGAAAGAAUUUGGAUGAUGCAGUGACCGCGGUGCGAACCCGGUUGAUGGGAUAUAAAAAAGCAAGCAAAGUGUUUGGAGUCCCUAAAACAACUAUCAUCGACCACGUUUGCGGCCGAUAUACAAGUGGUUCGAGGCCUGGAAGACCGCCUGUUCUGCCACCAAAGAUUGAAGAAGCUCUGAUAAAGAAGGUCAUAGAAGCUGCCAACAAAGGUUUCGGCAUCAGAAAAAAACAACUGCUACUUAAAGUGUUGCGCCUUUGUACAUCUUUGAAAAUUAAGACCCCUUUUAAAAAUGGUUGCCCCGGGGAUGAUUGGUGGCAGGGUUUAAAAAUGCGCCACCCAGAGCUUGUACUUAGAAAGCCCGAGAAGUUGACAACUUCUCGUGCUAGAAUGCUUAACCGCCCUGUCGUUCAAAAAUAUUUUGAUGAGCUAAAUACUGUCAUGAAUACUCUUGACAUUACAAAAAAGCCCCAUCUCAUUUGGAAUUUAGAUGAGACUGGAAAACAGUUCGAGCACACCCCAGUACACAUAUGUUCAGCAAAAGGGAAACGUAAUGUAACGAGCAGGGUUUCAAACUCUAGGGAGAAUAUUACUGUGUUAGCAUGCGUAAAUGCAUGUGGUCAGGCAAUGCCUCCCAUGUGUGUUUGCAAGGGAAAAACCGAAAAAUCACUCCGUCCUUUUGCCACUCUUGACGCUCCAGAGGGGACUUUUUGGACUUAUCAAGAGAGGGCGUGGAUGUGUGAUGUCAUUGGGGAGGAAUGGUUCCGGGAAGUAUUUCUCAAGCACUGUGGCCCUGAGCGGCCACAGCUCUUGAUCCUUGACUCCCAUAGUUCCCAUGAGGUAAUUGGCUUGCUUGAAAAUGCAGCAGAAGAGAACAUUUCAAUAUUGGCUUUGCCACCCCACACCACACAUGCAUUGCAGCCACUUGAUAAGGCAGUUUUUGGCCCUUUUUCUAAGGCAUAUAACAGAACCUGCACGGAGUUCCUUUCCGAACAUCCGUCGCAUGUUAUUAAUAAAGCAACUUGGCCACGUAUUUUCCGGAAAGCAUGGGAUGACGGUAUUACUUGUGAAAACAUCACAGCAGGCUUUCGCUCCACCGGUAUUUAUCCACUUAACCCAAAGGCCGUCUCAGAAUCCCUUUUUGCACCAUCUUUGGCAUUUGAUAAACCUCUUCCACAACCACAAACAUCCAAAUCAAACCACACAUUGUCUAGUCCUACAGGCCCGUCUAUUGAUUCAUUUGACAAAGAAUUAGUCAAUGACACUGCCAAUAUCAAAGAAUCAACAUCUUCAGACUCCGCAAUGUCAGACACAUCUAGAUCCGAAAGUUCACCAACUCUAAAUUCCAUCAACUCGGAGCCUGAAGAUGCUGACCUCUCUGCACUGGCGAUGUCUGUUCUUAUGGGGAAUGAUGAUCAAUUAGCAUUGUCGCCUGCAGUUUUGUCUUCAGAACUGCCAGCUACUUGUGUACCAUCUUCUGCUGGGUCUUUGUUAGAAAACCUAUCAAUGGGAGGCUCCACUUUAGAUCAUGUUACUUGGAACUUGGAGUUAGACAAUAUAUUUUCACUGCCAAAGGUAGCUGCAGACAUGUCUGCUAAGUCAAAGCGUUCAUUAACAGGACACAGAAUUCUUACCAAAUUGAUCAUCAUGAAAAAUGUUAUAAUAAGACCUGUGUAUGCAGUUGGCAUGAGCCACUAUGGUCAGAGGGAACUGCGGGUAGGAUGUAUUUAUCAAGCUAGAAGAGAUGCAGUGAAUGUGUAUGAUUCCAACGCUGUUGCAAUAUUUGAUGGUGAACGCAAAGUUGCAUACUUUAACAGGAACUCUGCUCGGUUAAUUUCUAAAUUCAUGGACGAACAUACUUCUUCAAGGGGUAUAUUUUACUUGAAAGCUUCGGUGCCGGCUGAAUUUAUAAAUAGACGAACGGGCUUCAGACAGAGGUGUUCCUUUGGUUUUAAAUGUCGUGACGACAAAGUUGCUAUUGUGCAAAAUCUUUUUAACUUGGCUUCCUGUGGUCAGUCUCUGACCAUUGUCAACGGACGUUAA